UCCUGUCCGGCGAUUGGCUGGGGGGCGGGAAGACUAACACUAGUGGCGGGAGAGGAAGAAAAUAAGGGCAAGGCAAGGCAACGGCAGAUUUUCGAGUGAAAAAACGAGAAUAUUGGACGGUCUAACGCGACAAGAGGGACAUUUUGUUCCAGCUCUGUUGGGAGUGAACAGAGUGCUUUGCUGCUGGAACAGGAGUGAGUGUUCCAGCUUCGUUUGGGGAUGAAAAACUGGUCAACCGCCGCAUUAGCCACCACCAGGGGGCGUCUGAGGACUGUCAAUAGUUAGAUACUGCAUUGGCAUGGAAACAAAACAAAAUAAGUUUUCCUUUGUGCUCUUAGAAACAAAGCAAAAUAAAGUUGUAUUUUUUAAAGUAAGUCCUUCUUUAAAGAAUAACAUUUACAAGAAGAAAAAUAAAAUAUUUGGAAAAUGUAAAAACAGCAAAAAUUGAAAAAAUCAUGAGUAAUUAACAAUGAAGUCAAUAUAGCAUGAGAAAAAGUUGUAAAUUAACAAGAAAAAUAUUAUUUGAAUGAACUCCUUAAAUUAUGAGGAAAAAUAACAUUACUCUAGUAGCAUAAAGUUGAAAUGUUAUGAUAUAUGAAUAUUAUGAGAAUCAACAACUAAUUUUUGCCCAAAACCAGCCUGCAUCUGUUCUGGCCAUACCUCAGAGGGAUUGCAUUGACUCCACUGUCCCUCUGUAGGUAAUAAACAGUGUUAAAUUAUUGUUAUUAUUAUAAAUGUUAGUUAUUGUUAUUAUAAUAUGUGCGUGAAUGAGAAGUACCCAAGUGGAAGAGUGAGGUUACAGGGAGAAGAGAUACAGAAGGUGGACGAACAGUCCAGAACAAUGGCGAUUGUGAGAAGGAGGCGUGUCAGGUGUGAUGUGACAGAAGAGUUUCAGCUAAAACGAAAGGUAUACAAAACUGAUGAGACCGGGAAGCAGAACUGGAGGUAGCAGAGAUGAGGAUGCUGAGGUUCUCAUUGGGAGUGACCAGGAUGGAUAGGAUCAGGAAGGAGUACAUUACAUGUUAGAAGCCUUGGAGAUAAAGUCCUUUAGGCCAGACUGAGAUGGUUGGAACAUGUCCAGAGGAGAGCUAGUCAAUAUAUUGGUAGAAGGAUGCUGCCAGGUAGGAGGCGUAGAAGAAAACCAAAGAGGAGGUUUAUGGAUGUAGUGAAGGAGGACAUGAGGGUAGAAGACAGGGUUGGAUGGAGGAGAUUGGUUUGCCCAAAGAGAAAGAAGAACAAAUUAAUUUUUAAAAUGAAAUAAAAUGAAAACAAAUAUGAGACUGGGAUUUAAACUACAAUAUGUAAUAAUAUAUGUAAUAUUGUAUGUAUAUUUUGAUAUGUCUAACAGUAGUAGUAGUAAUGGGCAAAACUGUUCAUUUCAGUGAACGGGAUCAUUCCGGUUCAUUCAGUAAAAAGAUCCGUUCAUUUUGUUCAUUUCGGUCAAGUGGUCGUUCGCCUGUGCAUAGACCCGGUCAUCUGUGUCGAGACAGUUCGUUCACAAAAAAGAACUAGUUCUUUUGACCCGUUCGUUCAUGACUGACACGCCCCAUCGUCACUAGGGGGCGUGUCUUACCACUUUAAAAUGAAGCGGCUUCACUGCAUCAACGAUUACAACCGAGAGAUCAAGAGUAGAGUAAUUUCUGAUCCUUUUUCCUGAUUAGAAAAAAGGAAAACUUGCUUAUUCUGAGAAAAAGGCAGGCCCGGACGAGAACACGACUACUAGCCACAUAAAAAAAGAAUAAACGAUUCUUUUUUUUUUUUAAAGCUUGUCUGUUCUGUGAUAUACAAGCUGACGCAUAAGGUCUUCAUGCUCUGGUUCCUGCUGGUCAUUGUUCAAGUCGCACCCCAAGCACAUGUCCAAGCCAUCUUGUUCACCGCCCAGGCGGAGAGGGCGUUAUACACGGCCGAGCUCGGAGACGACGUCGUUAUAGGAUGCCAUUUCUUCCCUCUACCCGCAGACCCUCACCAGGACGUGAUGGUGUCCUGGUAUCAGAUGGCGGGGGCCUCGGUACGGGAAGUGUACCGUAUAGAUAACGGGGUGGAGCAAGUUGGAACGCAGCAUCCAGACUUCAGGGGUCGGGCCAGGCUUCUCACGGAGGACAUUAAAGAUGGCUGGGCCAGGCUGCAGGUGUCCAGGCUUCGCAUCAACGACUCGGGGACGUACCAAUGUGUGGUGCAGACAAGCGAAGGCGCCGACUAUAAAGACGUGAAGUUGUCAGUUAUUGCGCCCUACAAGACGGGGACCAAACGCAUUCUCAAAUCGCCAGAAGGGGAGGAGGUGCUGCUCACUUGCCAGUCUGAGGGAUACCCAGAGACGGUCGUCAGUUGGGUGGACGCUCGCUGGCAAAAUCUGACGGCAAGUACCACCGUGCAGCCGUGGGCGGACCACUUCUUUCAAAUCACCAGUCAGAUCCGCGUGGCAUCGCUGGAGGAGAACAACUACACGUGCAGAUUCCAGCACGGAGGAUACACGGCGACUUUUGUCCUUCCAGAUGAUGUGCCGUUACGCAUCUCCAAAUGGGUCAUCCUGGUCCGUGCGCUCCUGGGCACGGGCAUCGCCAGCACAGCCAUCGUCCUCCUUGCAGUGCUUCUCCGAACAUAUCCACGCAAGCAUGCAUGCCUUUGCGGGAAAGAAAACAGGCAAACGGACAAAGAAGAAGACGAAGUAAGGACAUCUAAUCAAGGUUACAUGGAUGCCUUCUGGAAACGUUACUCAGACCUCACCUCCAAAAGCAGAAGACACUGGGGGGCUGUCAACUGUACGGCCCUUCACUCACAGAUUGAACAACAACUGCUGCGUCUCCCCUGAAGUGUUAUGUCGCCUCCGGGUGCUCCCCGUGCCCACCGUGCCUCCUACACUUUCAACACCGCUCACUCAAAAGUGUAAAUUUAAUAUUCCUAUUAUUCACACUGACUCAUCACAUGGGUAAACACCUGUCACUCAUUUUUACAACUAGCAAUUACAGCUUUAGCAUAAAACGGCAACAGGUGAGUUUCUCUGUUUUGGAACAAUGGAUGCCAACAUUGAAAUCAGAGGGAGAGCCAGAUGUGCGAGAAUGAGAGGAGGAGGACACGGAGGACGAGGACGAGGAAGGAUGAGGGCCAUAAUCUGUGAUGAGAUCAGGACCACUUUGGUUGACCAUGUGGUAAACCAUGGUCUAACAAUGGGAGGCUGGGCAAAGGGUCAGAAAUCCACAAACACACAAUACAAGCUAUGGAAUUUUGGAACUUUGUGUUGGCUGUGAUGAACACAUUGUUUUUCUGUGAAAAAUAAAAAAAUAUAUUUCU